AUGAAGGAAGUAAUUGUAUCUCCAACCUUACCUGAGGUCACCGCUCGUGUACAAGAUGGUCCAAUUCCCAGCAUUGGUCCAGACGAGAUACUUGUCAAGGUUGUUAUUGCAGCUAGCAAUCCUAAAGAUUACAGGCACUUGUAUAUAACACAGAAAUCAGUCAACAGUGGUGACGAUGUCGCGGGAUACGUAAGUUCUAUAGGCAAAGACGUCAAAACCACGGGCGAGUUUCGCAUUGGUGACCGCGUGGCUGGUUUUCACAAGAUGCUGUUGCCAGGAGGAGCUUAUGCUGAGUAUGCGGUUGUUCCAGCUCAUACGGCGUUUAUCAUUCCCGACAAUAUCUUAUUUGAGGAAGCUUCUACAAUUCCUCUCACGAUUUUGGCUGCCGCGUUACCUUUGUUUCGCCGUCAAAACCUGCCAGCACCCUGGAUUGGACGCUCAAAGAAUGCAGAACCCUUGCCAUUAAUCGUAUACGGCGCCUCUUCUGCGCUGGGUACCUUCGCAAUCAAGUUGGCCUUGCUAGCAAAUAUUCAUCCAAUCAUCGCGAUAUGUGGCGCCACAAAGUCCGGCCUGACUUCUCUCCUCAAAUCUGAAUUGGGAGACACAAUCGUCGACUAUCGCCCGGGAGUAGACGCGAUGAAGACAGCAGUGAAAGAAGCGCUGAACGGUCUCAAGUCCUACCAUGCUCUCGAUGCAAUCAGUGAAAAUGACUCCUGGAUCCCGAUCUCCCAACUGCUCAGUCCAGGGGGUCAUCUAUCUGUCGUCCAAGGAGGACCUCCAGACAAAUACAGCAAGCCUAGUAUUCCGACUGAGGUCAAUAUUGGUUACACAUAUGUGGGCUCAGCACAUUAUGGAGCCUUCAAUUCAUCCAUGCUAAAUCAACCUGCGGAUAAAGAUUCAGUGGUUAAGGAUAUUGACUUUGCGUACGUGCUCAUGCGAUAUGUGGCACGAGAAUUGGCAAACGGCAACCUUUCUGGCCAUCCUUGGGAAGUUAUAUCAGGAGGCCUUGAAGGAGUAGAAAGCGGCCUCAGGAAACUACAACAUGGCGAAGCAAAAGGUGUCAAGUACAUAUAUCGGAUCGCAGAGACGAGGGGAGUCACAUCGGAGAGUGAUACUCUUUAACUUUCAGGCCGCUGAUCCGUUAGACGACUACGGCUCAUCACUUAUUACUCUUGCUACAGUCUCAUAUGCUGAACCCAGAAUUUCAAUCAUCACAAAACUCUUCCUGGAACAUACCCAGCAGAAUUUUGAGAUUUUCUUCCGCUGCACACGGCAGCACACCCAAAGACUUCUCAAUCAAUUUCCAACAACGAGUGUAUAUCAAAUGUCCUUCCCUUCAC